AUGCUGAAUUUGCAGAGCCAACCCUUAUUGCUCCUGCUGCUUGGUCUACUCGCAGUCUUCACUGAAGCCCAGAACAAUGCCAGUACGAACUCAUCCGGCCUCCAAGAUCCCACCGUCCCCGAGCAAAUCAUCGUCGCCCAGACAAAUCUCGGCAUGGAAGUGACCUGCCCGCGCCACGAAUCCGACCUAAUCCCGAUCGCCGACUGUUCCCGCGCUAUGUUGAAAUUCCCCCAAAACCUCGACACCCACAUCUUCAGCCCCGGCGAUCCAGCUGGCAGCCCCAGGGACAUCUACAAACUCCCCUCCGAACGCUCUUAUGGUGAAUGCCUGAUGCGUGUCGACUUGGUCAGUGUGCAGCAGGAUCUUUCGUCCUGGCUGGCGGUUGGGACGGUGGCGUUGCAGUUGACGAUGGCGUGUGCGAACCAGAGGCAGCAGUGGGGGUUUGGGAAGACGGGCGGGACGACAACGACGGGUGAGGGGGGAAGAUCAAGAUUACGCUUUCGAAGUCUAGAUCUUCGAUGA